AUGGAUAUUUCUUACCGUUCAGGGAACGCGCCACGAAAACGCCUGCCAACACACAGCGUGUGGAGAUGUUUCAACCUCACUACGUUUCCAAUAAUAUCCUGCUGGCCAUUUCCGCCCCCGCCCCUUCAUCUACCCCGUUCCUGGGUUGGGCUGUUUACUACUAUCCGCUCAUCGUCACAAGUUGGAUGGACUGAUGUGAUCGUCUUGGCUAAGCGGGAUUGCUACCGUGGAAACUUCCCGGCAGCGAUCACUAUUGUUGGAAACCCAAACCCGCUUAUUGCAUCAUCAAAAUGUGUCCGAGGAUGCCGGUGCUCUGCUGCUGCUGCUGGUGGUGCCUGA